AUGUCCUACAGACGUGUCAUAUGCCUCUUUGGUGUCUUCUCGCUCCUUUGCCGCGCGCUGUGUUCCCCAUUUCCACCCCCAAGUCCAGCAUCCGGCCUUGGAAUUGACCUGAACAAGCUUCCAGAAGAAGCUGUCGCAAAUGAAGAGAUUGGUCUUCUACAGUUUUUUGCAAGUACCGCAGGGGCUCGCGUCGCGAGUGCUGAUGCCGAAGUCAGCGGACAUGUUAAUCCUGUCUUUCAGCAACUUGAUCAUCCAUCAUCACAUCUAAGCUAUCCAUUCUCAUGGAACUUUCAUGGCCCUGGAGGGCAUACUGCUGCAGGGGAUGCGCGUCACUACGGAUCCUUUAGCCCGCCGAGCGCCAACCAAAUCUACGAUGAGGCGACCCGUAGCGCGCAAGGAACGGCAGUUCAAAAGCUCUCACAUCUCAAGUCCUUUCAUCAAGAGGCUCCACAGCUGCCAAAUCAAUACGUUGAAACUUCCGCAGAAGUAUCGCCAGAAGACGUUCCUUAUCAGCAUGGCGUUCCCUUCCUGUACGAUUCCAGGCCCACGACUUUUGGGACACAAGAAGAGAAGGAAUCCUUGAAAGGCAAAGGCAUAUUGCAAGCUUCAGAUCGGACCAUCCUUCCUGCAACAGACCCUCGACAGAGGUCUUGGCCAGAAAGUUCAGACACAGUCACAUCGGCACAGGCGGUAGGUUCCUCUACAAUUCCCCCACUCCUGCCAGUGACUCUCCUUGGUGUCGAGAAAAAGAAGAGAUUGCAGCGUCUCCGCCCUGUUACACAAGCCGAUUUACGUGCUCUAGCUGGUAUGAGCGAAGCUGAAUUCCGCUCCCAGUCCGUUCAAGACCCCACGCUCUUUUCAGGUGUUUCGUUCGAGGCUGCCAUCCUCUACGAAACCAAGGUGAACACCUUUGUCGCGAGCUUACGUAAUACAGCAUCAAGUUCGAGCCAACAGAGGUCGGCUGAAGGGGACCAGCCAGCGUUCCUGAGUACUGGUGCCCAAAGAGACCCUUCGACGUUCAUCCGUCGCUACUUUAUACAGCGUAAAGAGGCCAAGCAGGUUCUUCUUCCAGACGCAGCAGGGACACGAAGCUUAUUCUUCAUCCUGCUGACCAACCAUCGAUUGGUCUUCAGUAGGGAUCUUUCUAGCCUUGUUGGAGUUUGGGAGUUUGCAUCGCAUCCUCAGAGCGACAAAUUGCGACUGUACUUCCGAGGCUUCCACCACUUCUAUGGAGCUGAAUACCACACAUUGGAACAGAACCCACAAGCUACGGGAAGAAGAUUUUGGUUUCAGUUGGAUCAAACCACGCCUCUCGUAUCUAACGAGCAGUUGACGUUGAGGAUUGUAAGAGGCGAGCUUGGACCUAAAAACGAGGAACAGCUUUUCAGUGAAACUGAAGAGGUCUCUCAUCCGGACAUACAGGAAUUAAUUUGGUCCAAGCGGCUUGAUCGAGUCCUUGCCAUGAAGCAUUUGAUACCGGGCAGACAUCUCUUCAUCUACCAAGAGUCGUCAAAGACUGUCGCCAUUAUUCGAAGAUGGAAAGCACACGCGAGGCUUGGAGCAUACAGCUUCGAGCUUCGACCGCUUCUUUGGCAGCAGGUCGAGGACAUUCCAUUCAUCGCUUCUGCUAGAUUUCGAAAACCGCAAGCCGUGAAGGUGGUGACGGAGAAAGACGGCGAGAUGUUCAUGCUCGCGUUCUCAGCAAGACUAGACUGGCUUGCAGACUAUCUGCCUUCUGCGGUCGCAGUCUGGCAGAUCGGACCAGAAAUACAGGGAAGCAGACUGAUGAUUUGCAGAGGGUUUUUCAACUUGAAUCGCGGAGCGUACGAUCAACUGACCCCUCAAAGUGUUCCAGGUCUGCGAGACUCCACGUUUCAGUACAACAUGCUUGGACUUCCAUGA